GAUAGAUAGAUUCCUAUAAUUCCAGUAGCAUCGUUACAGUAAACCAAUACACACAAGGAACAGAGAGAAAUAACAUAAAUUUAAAUAUCCAAUAUACAAAAAAAAUCCAAGAGAUAUUGCACAUUAUUUUUCCACUUUGUUUAAUGUUUUUGCACGUAGUCCAGUUCAUGAUAUGAGACAGUAGAUAAAUACCUGGAAGCAUCCAAUAACAUCCUAAUAUAAAAUAGCUCUACGUUUGUGUCUGGCGUCAGCAGAUGUUGAACAGAGAGCGUGUGAAAUGAUUUCAGUGCUUCAUUAUUUCCUUUUUCCUGUUUUGCUAAAGUGCAGGGCGUGUAAUUUAUAUAAUCACACUACUUUACGCAUUUACACUCAUUUACACUGCCUCACACCAUUUCCAAGAAUAUAGUAAACAGAUAAAUAGAUAGUGUAUCCCUCUCUCACAUGCAGAAAGAGAGAGAGAGAGAGGGGGUGGAGAGAGAGAGAGAUAAAAUGAGAGAGAGAGGGGGGGAGGGAGUAUAAAGUAAGGAGAGGUUUAUAUAGCUAUAUAUAUUUAUAUAUGAGUGCAGACCGUGUAUCAGCUCGUGGAGGAGAGGAUUCAGCAGUAUGAUGGUCCACGUGCUCAUCCUCUUUAUCUCAGCGGUGAUCGUCCAGCACGCAGCCCUGCCAGCCCCCCGUACAGACCCUGCAUCACCUGAGCACAUCACCAGCCCCGCAGAUGUUUUCUCUCCGCUCAGACUCAGAGGGUACUCAGUGAUGGAGCAGAGGGAUGCUGAGGAUGCUGAGGACGCCAGUCUCUGCUUCCUCCUGCGGGAGAAGGACGAGGAGAAACAGCUUUCCUGCAAACAUCGACUGAACUUACGGAGCAAGUUUAACUACAACCCCUUCGGUCUUCGCUUCGGGAAACGAGGAGCGAGGUCUAAAUCAGCGGGAGAGAGGAGGAGGAGAGGAAGACUGCUGCCUGUCCUGCUUUUACUGGACAGAGCUUCAUGAACAUCAUCAUCUCAUUUACCUUAAAAAAUACUAUUUUUAUUACAUGGGUUGAUUUGUGUUUUCCCAACUGUGAGCUGAGGACAGAUAUCCUGUUCUUUACCUGUUCAACUAGAGGAGAUUCAGGUACUUUAAUCAAAUUAUAAAUCAAAUCUGACAAGUCUGACACUGUGUAUAUUAUAAUAUAUACUGUAUAAAUGUUUAGAAAUGGUUUGGAUAGGAAAGAGAAACUGUGAAGUCUAAGGAAAAAAAAUAGCCUAUAUAAAAGUGUAUUUUCAGGAGAAAAUAUGUAAUUUCUGGAAGUGUGGGAG